UACUCAUUCAAUUUCCCCAAAAUAUCUCAAGGACUGCCCUGAGAAUCCCAGUAACCCGCCCGAAAGAAUAGCGCAAUCGAUUUAGAUGCACGGCGGCCUUUCACUGAAGAUCUGGUGGCAGGCGUUGAUGUCAAGAACAACCGCCACUAUCCUGGUCAGACUGUCACGAAUUUUGAGGACAGACUCGCGCUCACUUCAAUUGACUCUAGUGGCUUGUGAUUACCCCGCUACGCGAGCACAAAUCACGUCGCGUCUCCACACGGAAAGCAUAACUGGGUUAACGUUGCUUCCCCGUUCCAAGCAGACGAUUGCCCGCGCCCACCUUGGUCAAUUCCAUUAUGUUCCAGUUCCGAACACGGAAGCUUAUAGGACAUAAGCUACCGAGCUGGGAUCCCGAAUCAAGCUUUAUUCACGUAUAAAAGACAUAGCUAGUUGCCCUAAUCAAACCUCAGUCUGCAAUAAAAUACUUUCCUGCCUUGUACUCGCUCUUGCUUCUCCAUCCUUCACUUACCUGCCAGUCCAGAUCUUGACA